AUGUGCAGUGCGGAGCGCGAGGGGGCGGGGCUACGGCAGAGGCAGGGGACCAGCACGCGGCGUCCUCAGCCAUCUGGUUCUGACGGGAGGGACUGGGGCUCACGGAGAUCCACAAGAGGAGAGAGAGAAAGGAGGAUUCUUUCAGUCAAGCUGCAGAGCGACCUCGACCAGGAGUACCAGGACAAGUUCCGCCGGUUGCCCGUGGAGAUCCAGGAGUUUGUUCAGGACAGCGGUAAAACCAAAAUCCCAGCCUCUUCCUCCACUUCGGACAAACUCAACCACAAAGCGUCGCAAUCGGAGGACGACACCGAAGAGGGCUCCACGGAGAAAGUCUACGACACGCCGCUUUAA